GGAAUCUUUUUAGAAACUAUCAACUGCUUUGAUAAAGAUGGACUUUAUUAAUAACUAUGGAUCUAGUGAUGAGGAAGACAACUCAACUGUAGAUAAUACGAAGUCUACCUCAACUUUAAUGGCAGUUAACUCGGCACCCGAUACCGGAUUUGACAUUAGUACAUCGGGCCACUUAUACACAGCUCCCACAGCGACUGAAUUAACUGUUAAUGUAACAUACGAUGACCUGAACCGCCCCACAUUGGGCCCCGAAAACCCUUUCCAAGAUCGUCGCCUUGCAACACAAAAUGUGGUCAAUGGACAUGUGGAACAACAAGCUAUUUCCGAGAUGGAUUUCAGAACCCAGCAUCGAACUUUCGAAACAUACGGAUAUGCCCGUGACCCUUCACUUGGCACUGCAACAAACCUUGCUGGACAGACAGGACAAGGAUUGAUGGGCACUGGUUAUGUCGGCAAUCUUGAAGUUGCAGCAAAAUUGGGAGGAGUGUCUAUUUACGAUCGUGUUUCCCAAGAUCUUCGACCUAAUAGAGAUGCACGUAACAAGCGCGAGAGUAAAGGAAAAUUAGACGAAGUUGAAGGUCCCGACGCGUAUAAAGGCCCCUGGGCUGGCUAUGAAGAUGACAAUGUCGGUAUCGCCACUGGCUUAAAUCAAGAGCAAAUUGAGGAUGUCCAAGCUAUUAUAAAUCCUGCAAAGGCUUUGACUACGAAAAAUAUUGCUCAAGAAACACAUACAGAAAGCACUAUUUUUCAUGGUGCUUCUGAACGCGAUUAUUUGGGUCGUACAUAUAUGGCUGUGCCUCAAGACAUUGAUGUCAACUUACUAGGCGAAUCGGGUGAACAAGAAUGCUUUGUUCCUAAAAAGUUGAUUCAUACUUGGGAUGGCCAUGAAAAGGGUGUUUCCAGUAUUAAAUUUUUCCCUAAAUCUGCUCAUCUUUUACUUAGUGGUGGUAUGGAUAACAAAGUCAAGAUUUGGGAUGUGUAUCAUGAUAGAAGUCUCUUACGUUCAUAUAUCGGUCAUACAAAGACUGUCAGAGAUAUUGCAUUCAAUAACGACGGUACUAAGUUCCUCAGUGCAAGUUAUGAUCGAAAUGUCAAGUUAUGGGAUACAGAAACCGGUCAAUGUAUUCGUACAUUUUCGACUGGUAGACUACCUUACUGUGUAACAUUUAAUCCUGAUAAAUCGAAAAACAAUGUAUUUUUGGCUGGUUAUUCUGAUAAGAAAAUUGUUCAAUUCGAUACUAACACUGGAGAAAUCAUUCAAGAAUACGACCAACAUUUGGGUGCUGUUAAUACCAUUACAUUUGUCGAUGACAAUCGCCGUUUCAUUACAACAUCUGAUGAUAAAACAAUGCGUGCUUGGGAAUAUGACAUCCCCGUUGUUAUCAAAUAUAUUGCAGAGCCUGAUAUGUAUGCUAUCCCAGCUGUAACAUUAUCUCCCAACAAAAAAUGGUUAGCCUGUCAAUCUUUAGACAAUCAGAUUUUAAUUUAUGGUGCCCGUGAUAAAUUUAGAAUGAAUAGAAAGAAGCGUUUUGCUGGACAUCUUAUUGCUGGUUAUGCUUGUAAGCCUGGAUUUUCACCGGACGGCAGGUUCAUCAGUAGCGGUGACUCUAACGGUAAUGUUUGGUUCUGGGACUGGAAAUCAUGCAAAAUCUUAAAGAAACUCAAAGCACAUGACAAGGUUGUCACAAACACAGAAUGGCAUCCACAUGAGUCUUCAAAACUCGCUACUUGUAGUUGGGAUGGCUUAAUCAAAUAUUGGGAUUAAAAAUUACCGAGCCCCUUUUUUUACAAAAUAAAAAUAAGAUGUUGCCUUCACAAGUGACACCUACAGAUAAACCAC